UUCAAACAUUUGCUACUAGACGGUUGUACCCUGUACCUCUAUGUCAAUGAGACAGUAGCUGUUGUCCAGACCAUGUCUUAUCAGAUUCAUGGGGUCCCUCCCCCAGUGUACCCAGGUGUGGAUUCCACGCCUACCCACAAUGAAAACACUGCGCAGCUUACCAAAGCAAGAGAAGCAGGGGAAGUUGAUGAAAAUGAGAUAGUUGUAAUGGAAGCUAAAGAAGAAGAGCCAGGGCCUGCCACUUUUGCCAUCGAACCUGGUUUCCGUAACACACCAGAUAACCCUUGCAGAGAGAGCACCAUCACCGUCCCUCAUCUGGUACGGAAAGUUGCCUCCGAGGAACUGGUGCCAAAAGGCUGGAAAAGUCUCAAUCGUGUGUUGAUCGUGACUUAUAUUUCGUAUUUAUUUUGUCCGUUCAUCGCCUGUGCGGCCAAUGCGUGGGUGUGGAAGGCAAUCAGGGCGCGGGAGAAGGGCGUGUAUGCCAGGACCCAGGAGUUCUCCAGGAUGGCUGUCAUAGCCGUUUAUGUUGCAAUUCCACUUGGUCUAGUGAUCUAUGUGACUAUUAUACUUCUUGUAGUUUUGCAAGGGUAGUCAAACACCAGUAUGUACCACCUGUAGAACCAGGUGAAACAGGCCACCUUGUGAUAGAAACUGAGGAGUGGUGGUAUAUAGAACUUAAGUUUUUACUGACAGUUUUGUUUGCUGUGAUUUAAAGCGAACAACACAGGAGAAAGUACAUAUUACAAAAAAUAUUCAUAAUCGCCAUCCCCUGUGUUAGAGUUAUGGCGAGUUAGAAGAAAACAAGACUUAAGGUUGGAUAGCCCUGGGUAACCUUGGGAUAAUUAGGUAAAUAUAAAUUUUGUUGCCAAAAUCCUCUUUUGUGCACCUUUAAAUACAGAAAAAAGAGCUGGUAUUAUUUUUCCAAUUGGUUUCAAGUUUUGUCAAGUUAUGCACAAUUUUAAAAACUACAAGCCAAGCCAGUUAUUAUUUUUUCUUUUUCUCUUUUUACUUUAAAGGAAAUGUGCUCCUGGUUGUGAUGAUUUUAAGAGGCAAAGAAUAUCAGCAGAAUAUUGUCUGCUCCACCAUUUUUUUUCUUUUGCAGUUUUUUAUUGAGUAAUGGUUGUUACAAGAUAUGUAAGUGAAUUACAGUAAGCAUUUGAUCUCUAUUGAAUGUACUGGUGGUGUGCAUUUUUGUUUUAUGGUCUUUUUCUCCACUUUACAGAGAAGGUUACAAUAUCAAUCGGCAUUUGAGAAAUUUAGUCUUAUUGGAUAACAAUUAGAGUUUUAAAGAUGUGCAUGGGAGAAACAGUGCCAUAGAUUGUCUUGUGGAGUUGCCUUUUAUGUUGUUUCUUGUCAGUUUUAUAUUUUUACUCAUCUUCUCACAUGGUGCUGAAACCUGUGAAAUAAACUAUGUUGGUUACUGUAAAAUAUUACAAGUGUGAUGUAGCAGCCACAGGGAAUGUAGUUGGAUGCCUUCAACCAGUUUCUAACCUUGCAGUUUUGUUACAGAAGUCAACCUCAGCCUGUCACCCUUCUCUCCAUCUUGCUGUGUAAUUUAUGCAUCAGGGAUGUGCGUUUUCCUUUACAGAUUUUAAUGUAACUGGUGGUGGGGCUGUCGUUAUGGUUUGAAGAUACAGUUUUAUAACAUUAAGAAUUUCUUAUCAGUACUUGAAAUAGCCAUGCAUAAAGGUAGACUACUUAUGUAGUUUUUGCGAUUAAUAUAAUUAUCAGUAGCUAAAACACAGGAAGUGUCAUAGAUACCCAUGGGGUUAGGGCCACUGGGGGUGGCUACUGUUCAAUAUGUGUGAAGUGUGGGCAUGUGUUAUUGCAAUCCCCAAAAAACAAUGUGUGUUUACUAUGUUAUAUAUAAAGAAUUCAUCAGUGGUUUAUUAUCCCAGAAAACCAAAGAUUGAACAAUAAUGAUCAUAUUAACAAAUGAGAUUAAAGGUGCUUACAGUUAGAUAAAUGUUAGAUCAUAAAAUGUAUAUUAGCUACAGUGCUUACAGUUAGAUGUAAGUUACAUGAUAGAAUGUUUAUAUGGAAGGUGCUAAUAGUUGCAAUUUAAAGCUAUAACUAUAUAUAAAGCUGUAUAUGAAAGCCAUGAGAGAUGUACUCGCAGGAUUCAGAACUCCAUGUUACUACCUACACAUGAACUAAGAUUUGUCAGAUAAUCUUCUUUAUAGAGAAUGUAGAAAUUUCAUAUGUUGCCUAGAUUAGCAAAAGGUUCAAUAUAUAUUUUAGACAAGUAUUAUUUUGUAUUUCAGAUCUGUGUUUAAUGUAUAUAUAUUGGUACAGAUAUAAAUAUUUAAUACCAGAUAUUAUUUUUAAAGUUUAAUCUCUUAACAAAGUAAAGAGUGCAUAAGAUGCAAAGCUAUUGGUAACAUAUUCACAUAUAAUCCAAACAAGGAGUUAUAACUCUUUGAUUAAAACAAAAACUUCGAGGUUAUGUUGGUCUGUAAGACUUGUACGAAGUAGUAUGGUAAUGCAAAUUUAUUAAUAAGAAUAAAUUUUUUUUUCUUCAAUCAACAGUUGAAGAUCGUAAUAAUGUUUAGAUCUACCUCCAAUAUUUUGAUAAAUUUCAAUAACGUUCAAUAUUUAGCUAUUGAUUGAAGAUUUUUAUAAUUAUAUAACACAGCUGAUAAAAUUCUUCGCUUUUUAUCAGUGUAUUUUAAACAAGUUUUAUCUGCACUUUUAAAGUAAAUUUUUCACUUGUAUCACUGUUUCCAAUGUUCAAAUGUAAAUAUAAUAUAUUUAAAAAUCUCCAGUGUCAUUAUUGUCAUUUCAGUAUUAUAUAGGUCAUGUCCGUUCUGUCAAAAUGUGCUAAAACCAAGAAAACACAGA